CCCCGGUUCUGAAGAGCAAGGGUUGGAGGCCAGCGGCAGAGGAACCCCGAGGAGGUUGAUGAGAAAUUGGGGACGUGCCUGGAAGUCUGGACCGGUCGAGAGAUGGCCAACCCCGUCCCGUCAGCCUGCUGCGUGGUGCUUGCCGCCGUGGUGGUGGUGUAUGCUCAGAGGCACAGCCAACAGGACACCCAGGUGCAGUACGAGCGGAUCGGCGCAGACGUGACCAUGAAGUGCGGGGCGAUGGACUGGGACGCGGCCGUGACCUGGACGGUCAACGGCAGCGACAUCGACGAGUCGCACUUGAACGGCUCCUACCUGGUGCUGCGCAACGUGCACCUGGGGCACAGCGGCCAGUACUCCUGCUACGAAGGCUCCUCCUGGCAUCUCAAGUACCAGACCUUCCUCAAAGUGGGCACGCCGCCGAAGGAGCCCGUGCUGAUGUGCCGCUCCAACAACUACCCCAAGCGUUUCUACUGCAGCUGGCACCUGCCCAGCCCCACCUACAUCCCCAACACCUUCAACAUCUCUGUCAUACACGGCACCAGAGAGAUGGUCUGUGAGAAAGAGGCUGUGCCCAAGAACAGGUGUCACAUCCGCUACCUGCAGCUCUUCUCCACGGUGAAAUACAAGGUGACCUUGACCGUCACGAACGCGCUGGGCAGGAACUCCACCACCAUCACCUUUGACGAGUUCGCCAUAGUAAAGCCCGACCCUCCAGAGAACGUGGUGGCCAAGCCAGUGCCCUACAGCCCGCGGCGGCUGGAGGUGAGGUGGAAUAACCCAUCCUCGUGGCCUGAUCCAGAGUCCUUCCCGCUCAAGUUCUUCCUGCGGUAUCGGCCCCUCAUCCUCGACCAGUGGCAGCACGUAGAGCUGUCAGACGGGACGUCGCAUACCAUCACGGACGCCUACGCGGGCAAGGAGUACAUCAUCCAGGUGGCUGCCAAGGACAACGACAUCGGCACCUGGAGCGACUGGAGCGUGGCCGUGCAUGCCACCCCCUGGACGGAGGAGCCCAAGUACCUCACCACGGAGGCCCAGGCACCAGAGACGACGACCAGCAGCACCUCGUCCUUCGUGCCGCCCCCCACCACCAAGAUCUGCGACCAGGAGAAAGUCGUCGGCAGCGGGGCGGUGGCGGUGGCAGUGUCCUGGGCAGCUGGUCUGGUCCUGGCAGCGGCUGGCGUCCUGUUUAUUUAAUCCCCGGCCGCCACAGAGGAGGACAGCGCCCGCCCGCGUCUCUUUUCUCUUCUAUUUUGCACAUGUUUAGGAGGACGGAUCCACAUUUCUCUUCAUCGCUUCACUUUCUAAAGGACAGGCCGGCCGUGCCAGGGCUGGGGCAGGCAGAAAAUGCCCCCCUCCCCACUCCCACCGUUCAGCCGGGCAGAGACCUUGACCCCAGAGAGAGGAAACCACCCCCCUCGGCAUCCCUGGACCCCCCUGGCCCACCCAGACCCUGCAUCCCCGGAGCAGAGCACGAGCCGCCGCGGGCGAGACGGGAUCAUACAGCUACAGCGCCAUGCCAAAGAUGACCAGCGAGCACGCGGCGCGCCCGGCGGGCACCCCCAGCCCCGUGCCUGCAAACCUGGAUACUGAUGGGGGGACCCACCCAGGGGUUCACCUCUCUUCCCCUCCAGCCCCUGCCAUCCAGGCCCUGAAGAACUGGACUGGACGCCCGGGGCAAGGGGCUAAGGCUGGAGGGCGAGCCUGGAGACAGCCCUCUGGCCGCGGGGGUCAUGGGGAUGGACUCAUGCAUGCCAGGGGCGGGAGCAGGGGCAGGGGAGGGUCUGGGGACUUCAUUUUUUUAAUGGGAGGGAAAUGGAAAUGAAGAGAAAGCAGCAGCAAAUCUGACACACGUGCACACACACACACACACACACACACGUGCGUGUCCCCCAGGCCUGCCCACGCAAGCCACCACCUCGCACCCCUUUGCAUCUCUCUCUUUUUAUCACGCCCCCCCGGUCAUCACCUCCGUGUCGGGGUCGGUCUCGUGGCUCAUUAUGGACCAGUCAUGUGGCCAGCAUCACCCCCCCAACACGCCGCCCUUUCUCCCUCCUUUCGCUUCCCUCCUCUUCCUCCCCAGUCCUGUUUUGUAAGGCAGCUCCCCUCUCCUGCCCGGCCCGAAGCGCAGUAUUUAAUCCCGUCCGCCCCAGUAUUGCCCCAGUCACAGGCUGUAUUUGAAUUUUUUAUAGAUGUAUAUAUAAAAAAAAGAGCCAAAACAGAAAAAAAAAAAAGAAAACACCACA